UCCCCCCAGAGGAGCUGGAAGAAGUGGCCGGGGCAAGGGAAGUCUGGACAUUUUUGCUUAGACUGCUGCCCCUGCGGCCCGGUCCCGGAUAAGGGCAGGAAGAUGGAUGGAUGUAUGGAAGCAGCAUAACCAUCAUAAACACAAAAAAAAAGGGAAUAAAAUAGACGAUUUUGAUUUAUUUAAUGAGUAUGCAUGGCUAAAAUAUAAUUAAUACAUGAUUCUAAUAUUCUUUAGGCCUUCAGAGAAGACCCUGACGGCCCACUACUGGAGUUAAGGUGUUGUUAAAAACAAAAAGGGCUUUGUUUCUUAUGGGUGAAAAGCUUCUACCAAACUGAUGAUGCUUAUAGGAGUCCAUCUAAGCAGUUUAAAAUUAGAUGUAAAAGCCCAAAUGAAGAAUGAAAUAGAUGAGUGUGGGCACAUGUUUUUGCUGUUUUCUUUAAAUACAUUUUGAAAAAUUAGAGCGAGUACAAACUGUCACGAGUCGUAGUCGAAGACCAAGCCGUUGAAUUAAACAUAAAAGACUUCAUGGCCCGUACGGGGAUCGAACCCGCGACCUUGGCGUUAUUAGCACCGGCCGUUCGCAUAUUAACAGGAUAUGCAAUUAAGACACACGUACAAAGUCAACUUUGAACUGGGAAGGAGGGAGAGGCUGAAAGUGAAACUUGGAACAUAUGAAAAGAAAAGAAACCGGUUGAUUCCUCUUACGAGUUCCAGGCCUGCAGUGAAGCAGAAUGUCAUUGCAAUUCUUUGGCUGGGAGGUCACUUAUGAUGAUGAUUCUCCUGGUAUGAAAUUAGGGGCCAAUCAGGAUCCUAAAAACCAGAGGGUUUACACCAUGUACCAUGGUACGACUGUAGCCUUUGCACGUUCCAUUGUUACCAGCGGUUUUGUACCGUCAACAAAAGGAAUGCUGGGGCCAGGGGUGUACGUCAGCCGUGAUAAGAAAAAGGCAGAACGUUAUCCUCUACAGGAGAACCCUUUAAACCGUGUGGUCCUGGAGUUGGAGGUGCGUGUCGGCCGGGUCAAGCGCAUUGAUAAGGACGACCAUCCGAUGCAGUACACCUGGCAUUCAAAUGGCUACGACACUGCCUGGGUACCUCCCAACUGUGGCAUGAAGGCUGUGAAGAGCGGCCUGGAGGAGGACUGCAUUUUUGACCCGAAAAGGAUAAAGGUUGUGGGCAUCGUAAUGGCCCCAAAAUCAGCAGAGAAUGAACUUAAAAAGCUUGUUGCCAACAGUCCCAGUAGCGGUGGCCCUGGUGUGGAUGCAUGCUCACUGUGCAAAAGAAAGGAGGAUCAGAGCUCUCCACACAUCAUACAACAAUGCUGGGGAUGUGGGGGAAAUAUCUGCCCUCUGAUGACAAAGCAUUUCUGUUCUUUUUCCAAUUAAGAAAAUGUGAUGGUCUGAAAUGUUUGGCUAUUUAAACAACGUGAAAGUACAGUGAGAAUUAUUGUAAUAGAAUUUUUUGUUAUAAUCAUUGGUGUUUGAAUCAGGAUGGAAGGUUUCUUUAAGCAAAGGUACGUAAUUCAUGUUUUAAUAUAAAAGUUGAUAUAUUUUUAUGUUAUAUAUUUUUGAUAAUAAGUUUACAUUUAUUGAAACCUGAUAUAUAUGCUAUGCAUAUGUACAAGAAACCUAAUGUGGUUGUGUGCUAUAUAUAAAUUACCGGUAGAAUCUAUACACAAUGCAAAAAGCUUUUAUUUUCACCUUAAUGUUUCGUACAUCCCAUGUUGAAAUCUGUUUUUUUUGUCUCAGGGAGUUAACUUGUAGAAUUAAAAAAAAAAA